CCGCGCUGCAUGCUGGGAUAUGGCGAGCGCGAUCGGCUCCUCCCCACGUGUCUGAGCGACUGCAGGACCGCGAUGAGCAACAUGGCAGCAACACCUUCUCUCAUACACACGGAGAGACAGAUCCUCACGUAGUCCAGCUGAAGAACUGGAAGACGGCUUCGCCGGCGCAGGGUUCGGGGCGGGCACGCGCACGUCCCCUGACGCACGCCUCAGAGAGCAACUUAGGCUUUUCGUUGAUUUAGUGGACCAGCGAGGCCUCGGUUUAAAGUCCACUAGCAGCGGUUCCUCCUCAGUCUUCACUAUGGCCAGCGGAGACGAUGAUGACCCAAUUAUACAGGAGAUUGAUGUGUACCUGGCCAGAAGUCUCGUGGAAAAGCUGUAUCUGUUCCAGUAUCCAGUGCGUCCUGCUUCUAUGAGCUAUGAUAACGCGACUCAUUUGACGGCCAGGAUUAAACCCAAGCAGCAGAAGGUUGAGCUGGAGGUGGCGAUGGACACCAUGAGUCCGAACUACUGCCGCAGCAAAGGAGAGCAGAUCGCGCUCAACGUGGAUGGCACGUCCUCGGAGGACUCCAACGUUUACGCGACGAAAAUGAUGGACAAGCAAGCGUUCUCGUCGAUCCAGGCGACCACUAACACGUCCCGCUACGCCGCCGCUGUGUUUCGCAAAGGAGAGCUUCAUCUUACUCCGCUGCAGGGAAUCCUUCAGAUGAGACCCAGCUUCUCUUACCUGGAUAAAGCUGACACUAAACAUAGAGAAAGAGAGGCUGCCAAUGAAGCUGGAGACUCCUCUCAGGAUGAGGCAGAAGAUGACGUUAAACAAAUCACUGUGAGGUUUUCCCGGCCCGAGUCAGAGCAGGCCCGUCAGCGACGCAUCCAGUCCUACGAGUUCCUGCAGAAGAAACAGGCUGAAGAGCCCUGGGUUCACCUGCAUUACCACGGGAUAAAGGACGGACGUUCUGAGCACGAGCGCCAGUAUCUUUACUGCCAGGCCACGGACCCCACAGAAAACACAGAACUGGUGAAAACGCCGCGUGAAUACCUGUCCAUGCUCAUGCCUCCUUUGGCUGAAGAAAAAGUCGUCAAGCCCAUGGGUCCCAGUAAUGUGCUCUCUAUGGCUCAGCUCCGCACGCUGCCUCUGGGAGAACAAGUCAAGACGCUGAUGAAGAAUGUGAAGGUGAUGCCGUUCGCCAAUCUGAUGGGGCUGCUGGCCUCAGGAACGGACUCCACCGCAGUGCUGCGCUGCAUCCAGCAGGUGGCGCUCCUCGUCCAGGGAAACUGGGUCGUCAAGAGUGACGUGCUGUAUCCCAAAAGCACCUGUAGUUCCCACAGCGGCGUUCCUGCUGAAGUGCUCUGUCGAGGCAGAGAUUUUGUGAUGUGGAGAUUCACUUUAGAACGAACCCUGAUGAGAAAAGAGGUUGCUGCCGUCAUAAAGCUUCCUCCAGAGGACGUUAAGGACUUCCUGGAGCAGAUGUCUGUCCCUCGAUUAAACCGAGGCUGGGAGUUCCUGCUGCCCACAGAUCAGGAUUUUGUCAGAAAGCAUCCCGAUGUGGCUCAAAGGCAGCACAUGCUCUGGCUGGGCAUUCAGUCUAAGUUGGAAAAAGUGUUUAACUUCUCCAAAGAUGACUUUGUGCCUAAAAAGGAUGCUCAGAUGGAGCCCGUUCAUAUCAGCGGAGACCAGCGUCUGAAAUCCGCGCGGGAGAGCGCUAAAGAAAACCACACGGCCCUGCAGAAGGACCUGGACACUAGUAGACUGAAGGCGUCCAGAUGCAUGGGCUCGUCCGGAGACUCCUCCUCCUCCUCGGUGCAGAUCAAACAAGAGCCCGUGAGCGACUCUGAAGAGCCCAUGGACACGUCAGGCCCGCUCACAAACGGCUCCAUCAACGGUUUCCCUAACUCUACCUCUCCGGUCUCGGACCCUCAUAACGGACACGGCCACGCCUUCACCCCGGAGCUCCAGGACUUUGUGCGGAGCAUCUUCCGGAAGCACUACGUUUUGUGCCUGAGUGAAGUGAAGAGGCUGUUUAACCUGCAUCUGGCCAGUUUACCCACGGGGCACUCCGUGUACGGCCAUGUGACAGACCGCCUGCUGCAGGACACCAUCCUCCAGAGCCAGUGCAAACAGAUCCUGGUGCCUUUUCCUCCUCAGAGCGGCGCUUCGGCAGACGAGCAGAAGGUCUUCGGCCUGUGGGAGAGCGGAGAAACCUUCGACAAGCACCGGCAGGUUCUGUACGAGAUCUUCAUGAAGAACUACCGCGUCAGAAGAAACGUGAUCCAGACGCGCCUCACGCAGGAGCUCGGUGACGCCGUCAUCAAAACAGACGUGGAUCGACUGCUCAAGGAGUGCUGCUCGAGUCUGGGAGGGAUGUGGUAUCUGAAGGGAACCGUUCCCUCCUGACAGGAGAACCGGAGCGCCUCGGAUCCCGUCGCUCGAGAGCGGAGGCGGAGCCGACAUCGACCAAUCACCGCCCUCGGUCCCGGGGACACGCCCACUCCGGAGAGCCUGCUUCCUUCACCCGUCCGGUCACAUGAGCAUCUCACCCAAAAGGGCUGCGAUCCGUUCCAUCCUGCGUUUGCGGAAAAAGCAAAGUACAAGGAAAGGAGCUGCGCCGGUUUUCUUUUGCUUUCUUUUUUUUAUGACCUAGUACGAAAGUAGGCGUUGCUAACAAAAUGACAGGAGAUGAUGACGGUUGAGCUCAUUUUAUCCUGCUUUGUGGCCUUUGGGCGCUUGUCGGCAGAUUUCGGCCUUGUUUCUUACCUUCAGAUGUUUGGUUUAAUCUUUCUCUUGAUUUUAUUGCAUAGAGGAUUUUUUUUGUUCUUCUUAUUUUGGUAUUUUGCCCCACGUUUAAAAAUGACUUCACUGUAACCCAAAGAAAAAAACAGGCUGCAGGACGCAUUUGAAGAGAGCUAGAUUAUAAUAAAUCCUCUGAAAUAUUAAUUUCUCAGCGAUCAGAUGAAGGCUGUGAAGCUCCUAUAGAAACGUUUACAGCUCUGUCAACCAAAAAAAGGACAAAACUUCGGUUGAUUCCGGAGCAGUUUAGAUCGAUUCUAACAGACAGACCCUGAAAAUCUGAUUCAUGAAUCGGUGCUCGUGAAUAUUUAUUGGACCUGAAGGGAGACGAAGCUCUGAAUGACAUUUGCGGUGGGUUUGUUUUUUGCAGCCUUGUCCGUUUGUGGCAUCCUGCACAAAUGCAAUGAAGCAAUUUAAAAGUUAAUUUGUUCUGAAAAUAAAAAAAAUGCAUAAUGGUUACGUUAAGUUCGUGGAAAAUGUUUUGUUUUUUUUCGCUGAAGUUGCUAAACCGUGUUUGGGUGUGAAAGAAAGUGCCUCUUAGUUAUUCAGGGGAUAUAUUCUGUUCCUAUGAGUUGCAAUCUUACGAUUAUGACUGAAAUCACCUUCACACGCACACGUCUGUCUCUUCCUCACCUGCAUAUAAAGCACUUCCUGUCCGUCUGUUUAAGCAUUCCACAUCUUAUAUAAAUCAUAUUCUGGAUCAUCAUUGCCAAGUCUGUACAGUCACACUCAAACAGCAGAAAAACCCUCUUUUUUUUAUUUGUAUGUCAUCCUGAAUAAACGUUUCAACUGACAACUUAAA